GUUUGCUCUCCAGGCUGCGAUUUUUUGAGACACAAGACCAGAAUCGGAAACAAGGCAGGAGCGGCAGGAGCAGCAGGCUCGUGGAUGUCGACACGGAGGUUCAUGGACAGUUGUCCGAGGUUUUUCAGUGAAGCGUCAGGAGGAUCUCGGUGUUUGGUCACCGGUUAUUUCAGAGCCGGUGAUCCUCCCGGCGUCCUGACGUCAAUUUAUAAGGACCCACCAGCGGCAGAGCAGCGGGCAGGCAGACAGCAGGGUCUGAAGGGAAGAAAGACAGAGAGAAAGGAAGAGAGAGAGAGAAGCCGGACCAUGCUGUUCUGAUUCUUCGUUAAUUGCAAAGCUUCCUGUGACUGACAACAGCCUGAGCUGAAGAGGGGGGUCCCAUUCCUGAGAGUGCCACCAUGGGAAAGGACUACUACAAGACCUUGGGCAUCCCCAAGGGCUCCAACGAGGAGGAAAUCAAGAAGGCCUACCGGCGCAUGGCGCUCCGCUUUCACCCCGACAAGAACAAGGAUCCCAGCGCAGAGGAGAAGUUCAAGGAGAUUGCAGAGGCCUAUGAGGUGCUCAGCGACCCAAAGAAGAGGGUGGUCUACGAUCAGCUGGGAGAGGAAGGCUUGAAAACAGGAGGCAGCAGCUCUUCGGGUGCUCCUGGCAGUUCAUCGUAUCACUACACUUUUCACGGAGAUCCUCAUGCCACCUUUGCCUCCUUCUUUGGUGGCUCCAACCCCUUUGAUAUGUUUUUCGGCUCCAACCGCAGUCACAGCCGCUCCAACGGCUUCUCCUUCCACAACGACCACAGCAACGAGACGGAGCAGGACACGGAAAUGGAUGAGGAUGAUCCCUUCGCUCAUUUCGGGAGACAGUUUGGCUUUGCAGGGGGGAUGAACAAUGGCUUCCCAGGGGAGGGCCGCAGGAGGAGGGGUGUGCCAUCAGAGCGCCUGGGGACCAACCGAAAGCAGCAGGAUCCUCCAGUCGUCCACGAGCUGAAGGUCUCGCUGGAAGAGAUCUUCCACGGCUGCACCAAGCGUAUGAAGAUCACACGCCGCAGGUUGAACCCAGAUGGACGGAGCAUGAGGACCGAGGACAAGAUCCUCAACAUUGUCAUCAAGAAGGGCUGGAAAGAGGGGACCAAGAUUACUUUCCCAAAGGAGGGGGACGAGACCCCUGAGAACAUUCCCGCCGACAUAGCCUUUGUGCUUAAAGACAAAGGGCACACCCACUUCAAAAGAGAUGGUUCCAACAUAAUCUAUAACUGCAAGAUCAGCCUAAAAGAGGCAUUGUGUGGCUGCACAGUUAGUAUUCCCACGCUGGAAAACCGUGUCAUUUCACUACCUUGCCACGACAUCAUCAAGCCAGGGACGGUGAAACGACUCAGAGGGGAAGGCCUGCCUUUCCCAAAGAACCCCUCGCAGCGUGGUGACCUCAUCGUGGAGUUUUCGGUCCGUUUUCCCGACAGGAUUCCCCCUCAGUCCAGAGAAAUUAUCAGACAACACCUUCCCCAGUCCUAGGAAGACACAUCUCUAACUCUUCUCUUCGCCCACCACACACUCCAGGCUAACCCCCCCCACCCCAAAAAAAAAUACCAUUAACGCUCCUUUAUCUACUCCUUCCUUGUUUGUAGUUACCCUUCUUUUGUCUUGUGUGAAUGAACACAGCUUUAAACAUAUGCUGUGGUUUUGUAGGGACUUUACAUAAGGAAGAAUGGCGGUAUGAGGAUGUAAUUUACGCAUAUUUAUUUUGUCUUUCAGCCCAAGCACACACACAUAAGCACCCAGAGCAGUGGAGCGGUGCUGAGGAUGGGCUCAGCACGAUUGCAGUUUUUAAGGGAACCUCUUUUCGUAACUGUUUUUUACAGAUUUAUCAGUGGUUUUAUAUGCCGUCCGACUAUCUGAUCCUCGUCUUUUUGUGAUAGGAUGAAGCGUGAAAUAUUUUUUAAAAAAGAAACAGGAUUUUCUUUUCUGAACCAGUUAAAAUAGGAUUGUUUAUUUUUACUUUGAGUGUACCAGCAGCUUCAGUGUGUUUAGUGGGUUUUAGCAUAACUCUUCCUUUAACACAUCCUUUUUUUUUCAUGCUUUUAGUCUAAUAAAGAAUUGUGUUUGAAAAUCUGUAGCCCCCCCCCCCCCCCAAAAAAAAUAGGUUGACAUGUGCAGUGCCACAGCACACUUAAAAGUCCUGCAUUACUCCAGUAUUAUUAGCAUAUUUCAGCUGCAUUGGAAAAUCUGGGAAUGACAAUCAUGUAACUGUAACAGCAGUGUAAGUUUAGAUAUCUGCACAUAAUAUCGGUGCUUUCCCUUCUGAGCUGUGAACUGAAUAGCCUGGCUCAAUAUGGUGCCUUAGCCCAGUGUCAUACCACAUAUGUGAACACACAUACAGGUCACACUAUAAUAUAUAUACAAAUAGCCAUGUAUACAACACAUGAUGCCCUAUGCUGUGCUAGGCAUUACCACCAGGACCUGGUAAUUUUAUAAAAAAAAUAACAAUAAGCAAGCUAUGUAAAGUAAUUCACCUUACUGUACUGUAUGUAAGAAUGAUCAUUUUUAGGAAGUAAUUUGAUACAAGACAGAUGAUUUUUUUUUUUUGCCAAUUCAUCUUUGUAAAGUGCCAUACAAGUGAAGGUUGGAUUUCCCAGAGGGAUGCAAGCAUGACGUUAGACAGAAGUAAAAAGUCGAGAUUCCUGUGGGAAACCCAGCUUUGUUGUGUAUAUUCUUUGCUUUCUCUUGUGGCAUUUGAAGGCCAUGUCUCGGUGCUACUGUGAGCAAUGCCAAAAAGUAGACUGCAUUGUUGUCUACUUUUUGGUUUAGUCCUCAGUUUCUGAUGUGAUAAAUGCCUCUGUUCUCUGUAACAUCUGUACAUCAAACUUUACAUACUGUACGUAGUGAAAAUAGAAAAAAAAUGUUUUGAGGAAACAGGUUUGAUAUGGUGCAGCAGCUGCUCUCUGUCUCAGCUGCAGGGGACUCCCUUGAGCUCUUCCUCAUUGUAAUUGAAAGCAAUGAUGAGAUGUAUGUGUGGGUUACGCUGGCAGUGCUAGAAGUCGUAUAAAUGAUGUGUACAGGGAAAAUGUUUGAAUGCUUUGUAUCUGAUAAAUGCACUUUUAUGUUGUAAAAGGACAAAACUAUGAGGUGAUUUUUGUUUUUUGGGAGAGACUUGAAUGACUUGUGUGAUGGUCCUGUGGCAACAACCAGGCUUAACAAGUGCUGCUGCUGCUCAAAGACUCACUUA